AUGGACAUCCGCACCAAGCCUUUGUGCUACGAGCUCCUGGCAGAAGUUGGAGAAGGCGCCUACGGUAAGGUGUAUAAAGCCAGAGAGCUGGGGGAGAAGCAGCGCUUCCUGGCGGUGAAGAAGUUCAACAUCCGCGGGGACACGUUCGAGAUCGGGAUCCCUGCCUUCAUGAUCCGCGAGGUUGCGCUGCUGCGUCAAAUGAAGCACUUCAACCAUCCCAACAUAGUCAAGCUUUUGGAUGCAUCUGCCAUCCCAGUGGGCAGGAGCCUGGAUCUUACUCUGGUGCUGGAAUACAUCGACCAGGACCUUUCCUCCUACCUCUCCAAAGUUCCUGCUUCUGGACUGAGCCAUGACUGUAUUAAGGAUUUGAUGUGGCAGCUGCUGCAAGGAUUGGACUUCCUACACACCCACAUGGUGCUGCACCGUGACCUGAAACCAGAAAACAUCCUGAUCAGCAGCCGCAAAGAAGUCAAGAUUGCAGACUUUGGCCUGGCACGCAUCUACACCUAUAAUAUCGCUCUCACUCCAGGUGUGGUGACGCUUUGGUACAGAGCUCCAGAGGUGCUGCUGAACUCUGUUUACAUGUCCUCAGUGGACAUGUGGAGCGCUGGCUGCAUCUUUGCUGAGCUCUUCCUCCUGAGACCACUGUUUAAGGGAUACACAGAGGUUCAACAGCUGCAAAAAAUCUUUGAGGUGAUUGGUUUGCCCAACGAGGACGACUGGCCCAAGGACAGCCCCAUCCGAUACUCAGUCAGCUGGGGGCCAAAAGGCUCCAGCAGCAGGCUGCUGCACAACCUCAGCCCCUACGUCAACGACCUGCUAUCUCAAUGUUUGGCAUUCAGACCGAGCCGCCGCAUCUCCGCUGCCAAAGCCCUGACUCAUCCUUUCUUCAUGAAGCACUGA